AUGCCGACAGGACCCGCGCGAGGAUUUGACGCCAUGGUCAUCGACCAUUACGGACCGCUCGAGGACGCCAUUCCACGAUUCCCGCAACUUGCCUGGGAGUCAGCCCUCGUAAGGGAAGUCAUCAUUCGCGACCACUCAAGCAAACCCAAGAACACUCAAUGUACAUUGGAAUUUCUCACGAUUGAUCCAUUUUUGAAUCCAUACAUCGAGGAAGAUGAAGCAGAUCCAUAUGUAACCGAAACUACAGACGCGAAUAUCCACACGAAACUGGAUGACAUUGAAAAACUCCUUCAAAGGCUCAUCGAAGACACGACGACAACCAAGCGAUCUCCGGAUAUUGUAUCCAUUCUGGGAAAAUUACACAGGAUCAAAUCGAUGCUCCUUGAGGAAAAGGCAAAACAAACCGAAGAGACAACUACACAGCAAUUUCUUCAACUUACAGCGUUGGUAGAAGAAAAAUCCCGACACUUGGAAGAGAGCAUCAACGAAGUAGCGAGCUCACAGUCAACUCGAUGA